GGAGUAGAAAGACCAGGGGGAAGAAGGCGGCAGCAUCGCGGGAUGGGGAAGUAGUUGGCACCCGAGCAGCAAUCCAAGCCGGAGCCCGCCAUGGCCAGCGCCAGCCCCAGCCCCAGCCCCAGCCCCAGCCGAGCCGUCACGGCCAAGGCCGCGACCACUGUCCCCGAGACGUACGAUGUGCCUCUGGUGGCACUCAACUUCAGGGUGAGGAGCCGUCUGUCGCUGUACCUCAACCCUCCCACCCAGGUGUCAGCCUACUGGCCCGGGCUAGCCGAGGAGCUGGGCUUCGAGUACCUGGAGAUCAUGAACCUGCAGGCGCAGCCCGACCCCACGGGCCGCCUGCUGGACGCCUGGCAGUCGCGGGAGCGGGCCACCGUGGGCGGCCUCCUGGAGAAGCUGGCCAAACUGGAGCGACUGGACGUGCUUGAGGACCUGAGGCCCAGCAUCGACGAGGACUGCAAGAAGUACCUGAAGAAGCAGAGGGAGAUGGAAGCAGAGAAGCCCCUGCAGGUGCCUGCUGUGGACAGCAGCAACCCUCAGACGUCAGAACUGGCAGGCAUCACCAUUCUGGAUGAUCCACGGGGACAAAUGCCAGAACUCUUUGAUGCCUUCAUCUGCUACUGUCCCAGUGACAUCCAGUUUGUUCAUGAGAUGAUCCAGCACUUGGAACAAACUGACUGUCGGCUGAAGCUGUGUGUGUCAGAUCGAGACGUCCUGCCUGGCACCUGUAUCUGGUCCAUCACCAGCGAACUCAUUGAGAAGAGGUGUCGCAGGAUGGUGGUUGUCAUUUCCGAUGAGUACCUGCAGAGCAACGAAUGUGACUUCCAGACCAAAUUUGCUCUUAGCCUGUGUCCAGGGGCUCGCCAGAAGCGCCUGAUUCCUGUCAAGUACAAGGCGAUGAAGAAGGAAUUCCCCAGCAUCCUGCGCUUCAUCACCGUCUGUGACUAUACCAAUCCCUGCACCAAGAGCUGGUUUUGGCCUCGGCUUGCCAAAGCCCUCUCCCAGCCCUGAGGCGGCCCCUCCCAGAUGUGACGUCAGUCACCUGCAACCUCGCUCCUGGACCAAAGACUGCCUGAUGCUCGGGGGGAGGGGCAAAGCCUGGCUUCCCUCUCUAGCCAAAACCACCCCCUGCAGACCCAGCUGAUGUCUCUAUCACACGCUGUCUCACAUGUGCGGCCUGUGUUGGGUUUCAUACGUGUAUGAACAUGGAUGAGAUCCUUCACGACAGUAGGUAAGCACUAGGGAGUCACACAAGAAGCAAGCGUCAGAGGCAGGUUUUGAACCUGGGUCAUCCUGGAUUCAAACCCUGCACUCUCUCCACACAUCAUGAUACCCAUUGGUUGAGUAGCCCUAAAGAGAGAAGAAGCUCACCGUGGCUUGUUUCAAAAGUCCUGUAGAGACCUUGUGCGGAGAUAAUGAUGGCUGUUUUCUUCUCUAAGUGCCUACAAACCCUUUAAUAAUAAUCCCUUUGAGAACUGUACAGGGGAUUGAGACCCAGCUCUUCAGUCCAGAGUUUGAAGCAUCUACCUUCUUCCCCUUCCUGAAAAUAUCCAGACUGGCAUCACCUCUCAUCCCCCAUGAUUUCUCCAAUUGUUUGCAAUCACCCCCACAAAUUAUCUCAUUGUCUUUGGUACAGUUCAUCUGGGCAGCUGGGGGGUGGCAGGGGGAGAAGAGAAGUCACUGUCUUUGGGUAGCUUCCUAUUGUAAAUAAUUCUUCCUAACUAGGUCCAAAGUUCUGCUGUUUAUGGCCUCAAAAGGACUUCAAGUGUUUACGUUUAAGUUCAGCCUCCUGGGACAAAGCCCUGGUCACCCCACCUUAGUUAUACUCUAUAGGUUCAGUAUAUUGCAUUUCAGUGCCUGGGGUGCUGCAGUCCCUCAGCAACCCCUCAUGUGAAUAUUUCACUGCUAUAUUGUUGCCACCAACCAUCCUGUCCCAUCAGUGAGAUACUCACUUUUUCCUCUGCUCCCUGAGGAAGUGGGCUGCAACUCGGGGAGUAUGUCUGCUUCUAGAACAAACCUAGACUCCACAUUGGGGCGAGCCAAGCUUUUCUUUGGCUACUCCAUUAAGAGGUGAGAGGCAGAAUGGUCACUAGACAUUUUUCUCUACCAGGGCAGGUAGCAGAGAACAGGCCCAGCGCAGGAGGCCCAAAUAUGCCCUCAAAAGCUGCUGGGGAAGCCAGAGAAAGAGGAGAAGGGUCAGCUGGGCCAAUGGGGAAAGCAAGAGCCUGCCUGUGACAGGGUGGCUGCUGGGGGAAAGGAAGCUUCUUUUUAAAUGAGUUAUUCUUACUAGCUAAGCUCCGUUGGUUCUGUGCUGUUGAAGAACUGAAAAUGUUCACAUUUCAUCACCAUGGCAGAAAGCUCUUGUUGCCCUACCUUAGGUAUGUCUCUGGUGGAAGGUGUGCGGGGGUGACUGGGGACCACACUGAGAACAUUCUGAAAGCUGUGAGGAGGAGGAGGCUGUGUCAUCAGCAGCACUUGCUGUGAGGCAGUCUCUGUAUUUAAGCUGGUGACUUCUGCCUUGACUGCAGCCUCAUGCCUCACCAAGUCAGAAAUGGGAGCUCUGGCUCCACCCUGGCCGGGGAGCUCAAAGGCUGGCUCUACUGGUUUUUCUGAUUAAGACUCAGGAGCACAAGUGGACUGCAGAUUUAAAGGAGACUACAGAAUGUAAUGGAAAGAACCCAAACCCAGGAGUCAGGAGCCCAGUGUCCUACCUUGGCUCCACAGGCAACGAGCAUUUAUUAAGCGCCCACCAUGUGCCAGGCGCUGUGCUAAGCCCUGGCCAUGUGCAUACAAGCAAACAGAAAGACCGUUCCCUGUUCUCAAGCAGCUUAAAUCCUAAGGGGGGAAGCCAACUCAUAAAAGGGGGAGGGGGGAGGGAAGGAAGAAAGAAUAAUGGCCACCCACAUAGGGGAAUGGGGAGCAAAGUCUAGAGAGCAGCCCAGCAAGAAGGGAGUGAAACGUGGCCAUCGUGGGCCCAUCCCCCAGAAGCAGGCACUCACCCAUGGAAGAAGGGAGCUUUGGUGGUAGCACUGCAGAGGGAGAAGGAAAGUGCUAGGGAAGGCAGAAACUGAGGCACGGUGGUAUGGUCCUGAUGAGCAAGAAGUGGAGCUGCCUGGGCCUUUGUCCUCAAAAUGGAGAUCCCAAAAGAAACUCACCAACAGGAAAAGGGGGACUGAUGUCACUUUGAAUAAUUUACUUUCCCUCCCCAGGCCUCGGUUUCUCCAUUUGUAAAAUGGCAUAGCCUGUAUUGGCCAGUGCCUUGGGCAGAGCUGUGUCUGUUUUUUAAGGCCCUGUACAAAUUGGGGAACCUUCAAUUUGGUUCAAGCUCUGGUCACAAAAGCAGAAGGAUAUUGGGGGGACUGGCAUGCCCAAGGUUUAGCCAGCCUGGACUCUCACUUUAAAAAAAAAUUACUUCUGUUUUUGUUUCCUACAUCAUAGUCAUUUCUGGAAAGAUCUGCCUUUCCUUUGCUCCUCCCCCUCCCCCAAAUGGAAAACUCUGUUAUAAGAAAAAUGGUGAAGUAAAAACCUCUCCUCCACUGAGCACAUCUGGCAGUGUGCACAGCAUUCUGCCCUAGCAGGCCCCCACCUGUUCAGAGAAGGGUCGUAUGUGUUCCCAGGUCUGGCCUCCUCUCCAUUGCUGUAGUCACUUCACCUGCUUUUCUAAAUAACGAUGGAUUCAUUAAAGGCUGGAUGCCGACCUCUCACUUUACAGAAGGGGAAAAACUGAGACCCAGAAAGCUGAAGUAGCUUAAUCGUUCCCCCUGUGUAGAGAUUGCGCCAUCUACUUCUCAAAGCAAUUUCUCGUUCCUUUUCUCAUUGGAUAGGGAGCGGCUUAACUCUGACCUCUCUAUUCCCAGGGGCUACUCCGGCCCUUAGCAUGCAGUAGGCACUUAAUAAGUGAUUGUUGAUUGAUCUGUAAACAGCGGCAGGAGGUUGAUAGAGAAGACACUGUGACACUGAAGUGGAGCAGAAAGCGGUAAAGAAUGUAUUAUACACUUAAAAAAAUAAAAGCUAAACUGCACAUUA